AUGCAGACCGAGAACGACAGUAGAUACUACAAGAAUUCGUCCGUCUCGGUGAUGGCCGCGGUGGAGGCGGCGCAGAGAGGCGACUGGCGCGCGUGCGUCGACGGGUAUCAGAGGGCGUUCAAAGAAUCCGGAGGCCCGGCCUCGACGUUCACGAACCGUUACUUCGUCGUCUCCGGGUUCACCGCGCCGCUGCGCGACGGAUCGUGCGCGCCGCUGAAGAGCGACUUCAAGCUCCUGACGACCCUCAUCGACGACGAGGACGAGCAGCCGGAGAUACGCAUGCAAGCCGCGUUGACGAAAGGGAUGCUCAAGUGGGAUAGCAACGAUCGCGACGGCGCCGCGCGAUAUUACCGCAAGUGCGUCGACAUCGGCGACGCGGCGACGGAGACCGCGCGCGGGCGCGUCGUGCUCGCCGGGGUCAUCGCGGACGCGCGCGGGCAGCCGAAGCCCGACUUUGUGAGCGCGGGGACGCUGUGCGACCAGAUAAAGGGUGACGCGACGAUUAACUUCAACAAGACGACUGCGCGCUCGACGCCGCGCGAGGGCGAGGGCGCGAUCGAACGCGAGGGUGAACGCGAAGACGGAUCGGUCGACUGGGAAAGGACUCGAAGGAACGCGACCAUUCGAUUGGAAUCCUCAGGGGUUGUCGUCAGCGGGAGAAAACCGGCUAGCCGGGAGGCGAAUCGCAACUUCCGCAUCGAGUCGAAGAUCUUAGAGGAGGCUGGACUAAGUCACGAUGAGUUCGACGCGCGGAUGGACGUCGUGAGCAACGCGUGUUUUUCGUGCGGUGCGCGCGCGGCCGGGGUCGAGCGGUACUCUCAGUGCGGCGGGUGCCAUCUCGUCGCGUACUGCGGGAAGGCGUGCCAAAAGGAGGACUGGAAGAAGCGUCACAAGGCGGAGUGCCGCCCGGCGAAAAGCUUUCGAGAGGGCGAUUUGGUCGUCGUCGCGCCGAUCAGAACGACUCACCCAGCCGGCGCUGACGAAGAGGUCACGGUGGUGUGCGGGAUCGUCGCCGGCGACGUCGUCGGUGGGAAGGCAUCCGUGAAGGUGAACUUCGACACGAUCAGGGAAUUCGAGGCGGGGCGACUGAGACGGCUGCCUCCGAGGGCGGCGCCGCCGCCGCCGUGA